UUCGUCUUGGGGUUGAGCUGGUGAACACUUUUUCAGAAUCAAAUUCAGUUGUGUCAAAAGAGCCGUCCAGUUCAGUUGGAUUGGCCCAAAAGAUCGGGAAAAAGAAGUGAAUUUAAAAAAAGAAAUUAAAGUGAAUAAAAAAUAUAUACCCAUGAAUAAAAGUGAAGAACAAAAUAUUUUCUGAAAAAAAGUGUUGUUCAAACCCAUUUUUUUUAAAAUGGGGUCCCAGACGACAAUGGGCCUCUAUGGACUGUUACUAUGUUGCCUUAUCGUGUUUGUGAACUCAGAAUUGACCCCACCAUAUUUCAAUUUGGCUACUGGUAGAAAAAUCUAUGCCACAGCAACUUGUGGCGAAGGAGUUGAUGGCCCCGAAUUGUACUGUAAGCUGGUUGGUGCAAAUACAGAAAAUGAUCAUAUUGAUUAUUCUGUAAUUCAGGGACAGGUUUGUGAUGUAUGUGAUCCAAAUAAUCCAGAAAAGUAUCACGGUCCUGAAUAUGCAAUCGAUGGUACUGAAUUAUGGUGGCAGAGUCCUCCGCUAUCUAGAGGAAUGAAGUACAAUGAGGUUAAUUUAACCAUUGAUUUUGGACAGGAAUUCCAUGUCGCUUAUCUGUUCAUUCGUAUGGGUAACUCACCACGUCCUGGCUUAUGGACCUUGGAAAAAUCAAGUGAUUACGGUAAGACUUGGACACCAUGGCAACAUUUCUCCGAUACGCCCAACGAUUGUGAGACUUAUUUUGGAAAGGACACAUACAAACCGAUCACAAGGGAUGAUGAUGUUGUUUGUACAACUGAAUAUUCGAAAAUUGUACCUCUGGAAAAUGGAGAGAUUCCAGUUAUGUUACUUAAUGACAGACCAUCCGCCAACAACUAUUUCAAUUCUACAGUCCUGCAAGAGUGGACCCGUGCAACCAAUAUUCGUAUUCGAUUAUUACGAACUAAAAAUCUUUUAGGACAUUUGAUGUCGGUUGCUCGCCAAGAUCCAACUGUCACUAGAAGAUACUUUUACUCCAUCAAGGAUAUCUCGAUUGGUGGUCGUUGCAUGUGCAAUGGUCACGCUGACACUUGUGACGUUUUAGAUCCUAAAAGUCCAGUGCGAAUUUUAGCCUGCAGAUGUCAACAUAGGACUUGCGGUAUUCAAUGUAAUAAGUGUUGCCCUGGUUUCGAACAAAAGAAGUGGCGUCAAAAUACCAAUGCCAGUCCAUUCUUCUGCGAACCUUGCAACUGUCACGGACAUUCGAACGAGUGUGAUUAUGACGAGGAUGUCGACCGAAAGGGACUUUCCCUUGAUAUUCACGGAUUAUACGAUGGAGGUGGCGUUUGCAAGAAUUGUCAACACAAUACCGAAGGCAUAAAUUGUAACAAGUGUAAACCUAAAUUCUAUCGUCCAUCGGGAAAAUAUUGGAACGAAACCGAUGUUUGUCAUCAUUGUCAAUGUGAUCAAUUUUAUUCUACUGGUAAUUGUGAAGAAGAAACCGGACGCUGUGAAUGUCGUCAGGAAUUCCAACCGCCAAAUUGUGACACCUGCGCUUAUGGCUACUAUGGAUAUCCGAAUUGCAGAGAAUGCCAAUGUUUCCUUAACGGAACUGAAGGCUAUCACUGUGAAGCUAUUGAUGGUGAAUGUCCGUGUAAGGUUAAUUUUGCUGGACAUCAUUGCAAGCAAUGUGCUGAGGGUUAUUUCUCAUUCCCGGAAUGUAAAGCAUGCCAAUGUAACAGAAUUGGUUCUAUUAGCAACGAUUGCGACAUGGAAACAGGACAAUGUAAAUGUUUGAGCAACUUUGGAGGAGACAACUGCGAGCGUUGCAAACAUGGUUACUAUUCUUAUCCUGAAUGCAAAUAUUGUGACUGUGAUAUCGAAGGAACCCAAUCCGAAAUCUGUAACAAGGACUCAGGAAAAUGUAUUUGUCGUGAAGGUUUCGGCGGGCCACGCUGUGAUCAAUGCCUACCUGGAUUCUACAACUAUCCCGAGUGUCAACCCUGCAACUGUUCCACUACUGGUAGUACGGCAAUAACCUGCGAUAAUUCUGGCAAAUGUAACUGUUUGUCGAACUUUGCUGGCAAACAGUGUAAUCUAUGUAGCGCUGGUUACUACAACUAUCCAGAAUGUUUACCGUGCAAUUGUGACUUACACGGUUCGGAAGGUGUCACUUGCAAUUUGGACGGUCAGUGCUCAUGUUUGUCGAAUUUCGACGGAAAACUAUGCGACUCUUGCAAGGAAGGUUUCUACAACUUUCCAAUUUGUGAGGAAUGCAACUGUGACCCAGCUGGUGUUAUUGACAAAUUUGCUGGUUGUGGAUCGGUGCCGGUUGGUGAGCUUUGCAAAUGCAAAGAACGCGUAUCGGGACGUAUUUGUAACGACUGCAAGCCAUUGUAUUGGAACUUGAAUAUAAGCAACCCCGAUGGGUGUGAAGUUUGUGAUUGUUAUGUCGAUGGUACUAUUGCUGGGUUAGAUACCUGCUCGUCCAAGACCGGUCAAUGUACUUGCAAGCCUCAUGUGCAAGGACGACAAUGUAACGAUUGUCGCGAUGGAACCUUCGAUCUGUUCGGCGGAAGCUUGUUCGGUUGCAAAGACUGUGGUUGUGAUGUCGGUGGAUCUUGGGGUUCGGACUGUGACAAAAACAGUGGACAGUGCAAGUGCCAUCCGAGAAUAACAGGCAGAACAUGUACACAACCAUUGACAACUCACUAUUUCCCGACACUCUAUCAGUUCCAAUACGAGUACGAAGAUGGUUAUACGCCCGCAGGUGCACAAGUUCGAUACCAAUACGACGAUCAGGUGUUUCCAGGAUUCAGUGGAAAGGGUUAUGCCGAUUUCUCUGAUAUCCAAAGUGAAGUUAUCAGUGAUGUUACCAUUUUCAAGUCGUCCAUGUAUCGAAUGGUAAUUCGAUAUGUUAACCCCAGCAACGACAAUAUCACAGCAAGCAUCCUAAUUCAGUCGGACAAUCCCUUGGAACUUGAUCAAAAUGCAAAAGUUUUGCUAAGACCCACGACAAACCCCCAAUUUGUCACAGUUUCAGGGGCAAAAGGUAACAAACCAUCGCCGAUAGUCUUGGAUCCCGGCCGAUACACAAUCACCGUAAAGAACAACAAGCAUGUAAUGCUGGACUACUUCGUUCUGCUCCCAGCUGCCUAUUACGAAGCAUCAAUUCUUACCCAAAAGAUCGACAAUCCAUGUGAGCUAGGAAGCAUGGACCUCUGCAGACACUACAAAUAUGCAUCAGUUUCAGACUUCAAGCCAGCGUUCGUUCCAUUUGUCAUCAAAGAAGGGGAUGUUGCAGCUAAGGCAACUGAGUACUACAGCGAUCCGGAUCAUUUGACAAUCAUAAAUCACGUUGGCGAAAUCCCAAUCAUCUCGAAGAAUCAGAACGACCUCAAAUAUAUCGUUGAGGUCCCGCAUAGUGGAAAAUACGUUUUCGUCAUAGAUUACAUAACUGAAAAGAACUUCGCCGAUACGUACUUCAUCAAGCUUGUUGUUGGUUCGGAUAAGGAAAACUUCGGAUCCGCAACUUUGUAUCCGUGCUUGUACUCGAUGUCUUGCCGUCAGCCAAUAAUCGAUGAUGAAUCCAGGGAGAAGACUUUCUAUAUGUCCGACACUGAUCUGCUGCCUGUUUCUAUUUAUACCGAUUUUGAUGAUAUGAAUGGUCAAGUAGCAAUUAUUUCGGUCACAGCCAUUCCACUCGAAGAUUGGUCGAUUGACUACAUUAUGCCAACACCUGUCUGUGUCAUUCAUGAUGGAAAAUGUUCAACUCCAAAGUUCGGAUCAGUACCAGAUUCAAAGAAGAUCGAAUUUGAGUCCGAUCAUGAAGAUCGAGUUGCUACCAAUAAACCACCGUAUGCUGCUUUGGAUGAGAAGGUUCGUCUUGUUCAUUUAGAUCAGCAGAAUUCCACAAUUGUCAUCGAAUCUAAAGUUCUGGAACCAGGACGUUAUGUGAUUCUAGUGAAGUACUACCAACCUUAUCAUCCCAAGUACAGGGUCUUGUAUACUCUGACAACAGGCAAGCAGUUUUAUGACGGCAAGUUUGAUAUCAAGCACUGUCCUGCCAGCUCAGGAUGUCGAGGUGCCAUUCAGCCGAUGGGCGAUAAUGUCUGGUUUGAUAUUGAGGAUGAAUUCAAGUUUACCAUUACAAACAACCGACCUCAAGGCCUUUGGUUGGACUACCUUGUCUUCGUUCCAAUCGCUAAGUACAAUGACGAUCUUCUUGUGGAAGAGACUUUCGAUCAAACUAAAGAAUUCAUUCGGAAUUGUGGACAAGAUCACUUUUACAUCUCAUACAAUGCCAGCGAAUUUUGCAAAAAGGCUGUAUUUUCGCUAACGGCUGACUACAAUGGCGGAGCUCUUCCCUGCAACUGUGACUACGAUGGAUCAACAAGCUUCGAAUGCGAUCCAUUUGGCGGCCAGUGUCAAUGCAAGCCGAAUGUUAUUGGACGGAAGUGCACCGCUUGUCGAACUGGCUUCUAUGGAUUCCCAGAUUGUAAGCCCUGCGACUGUCCCGUGACUGCAAUGUGUGAGGCUCGAACUGGAGAAUGUAUUUGCCCGCCAAACGUAAGCGGUGAUAAAUGUGAUCAGUGCAUGCCGUACACCUAUGGAUUCCAUCAGAUCAUUGGGUGUGAAGAGUGCAACUGCAAUUAUCUUGGAGUCCAGGAUGGUAAUAUGCAGUGUGAUCUUCAUAAUGGGUCUUGUGCGUGUCGUCACAAUAUCGAAGGUCGGGCUUGCGAUCAAUGUGCUAAUGGUUAUUUCGGAUUCCCACGCUGUGACCUCUGCAGUUGUAGUAUUGCCGGAACCGAGUUUGAAGUUUGUGACAAAAACGACGGAAAUUGCUUCUGUAAGAAGAACGUUGAGGGGCGUGGCUGUGAGCUUUGCAAAGAUGGCACCUACAACUUGCAGGCAUCGAACCCCGAAGGUUGUACCACAUGUUUCUGCUUUGGAAAGAGUUCCCGCUGUGAAAGCGCAUAUCUAAGGCUGUACAAUGUGAGCCUCUUGAAUAAUGUCAUUUUGAGUGUUGUGGACUUCGAAAACAAUACCAUCAACGUAGAGCCUUGGGAUGUGCCGUCGGAGGAAAUAUUUGUAAACGAAACGACCCUUCAAGCUGAUUUCUCCGCUAAGGACAAUGACAACAGUUUUGUUUAUUUCGGAGUCUUAGACUACCUUCUGAGUCAAAACAGCCACAUUUCGUCCUACGGCGGAGAAUUGGUCUACAAUCUCUACUACACAACAGGCCUUUUCGGAAAGGCUCUUCUAGCACCGGACGUGAUUUUGAUUGGCAAGAAUGAUGUGCUCAUUCAUCAGAGCUAUGAGCAGCCAGCUCAUGAUAUUGUAUUCAAGAACAGGGUUCAAAUGGUUGAGAGUAAUUUCCAGAGAAUGAAUGGCAAGCCAGUAACUCGAGGGGAAUUUAUGAUGGUGUUGCGUGAUUUGAAGACCAUUUACAUUCGGGCCAAUUAUUGGGAACAAACCGUUAUUAGUUUGCUGUCGGAUGUGUAUCUGACACUUGCUGACGAAGAUGAGGAGAACUUUAAUUCGUAUCAAAUGCUACCAGUCGAGAGGUGUUAUUGUCCGCCGGGUUACUCAGGACUGUCAUGUGAGGAUUGUGCUCCAGGAUACUAUAGGGAUCCUGAUGGUCCUUAUGGUGGUUAUUGUAUCCCUUGUGAUUGUAAUGGACAUUCUGAAAGCUGUGACUGUGCCACUGGUAUUUGUAAGAAUUGUCAACAUUCUACAACUGGAGACCAUUGUGAGAUGUGUGUUGAAGGAUAUUAUGGAAAUGCUACGUUUGGUUCCCCACAUGAUUGUAUGAUCUGUGCCUGUCCCCUGCCAUAUGACUCCAAUAACUUCGCUUUUGGUUGUGAGAUCUCCGAGUCAGGUCAGAAGAUCCAUUGCGACUGCAAGCCAGGCUAUACAGGAGCGCGUUGUGAGAGUUGUGCUUCUGGUUACUACGGUCAACCCGAAAAGCUUGAUGACUAUUGUAAACCAUGCAACUGUUCAGGCAACAUCAAUGCUGACAUACCUGGCUCAUGUGACACCAUUACUGGCGAGUGUCUGCUUUGCUUGAACAACACUUCGGGACCGGCUUGUAAUCUCUGUGCUCCUGGCUUCUAUGGAGAUGCUGUUAAAUUGAAGGAUUGUAAGAGCUGUGAUUGCGUGGAGCUCGGCACAAUGGAGUGUGAUCCGUUCAUUGGGGAGUGCAAGUGUCAUGAGAAUGUAAUUGGUGAGCGUUGUGACCAAUGCAAGCCUGAUCACUAUGGCUUUGACUCAGGAUUGGGAUGUAGGUCAUGUGAUUGUGGAGUGGCUUCGAACAGCACUCAGUGCGAUGCUUAUACUGGAAAUUGUGCCUGUAAGCCUGGUGUUACUGGAAGACAGUGUGAUCGUUGUGGAGUUGAUUUCUGGGACUACACAACUGAAGGGUGCACACCUUGCAACUGCAAUCGUGGCUAUUCUCGAGGAUUCGGUUGCAAUGCCCAAACUGGACAAUGUGAGUGUCUGCCUGGCGUAAUCGGAGAAAAAUGUGACCAUUGUCCAUAUAGAUGGGUUCUGCUCAAAGACGAAGGGUGUGCGGAAUGUGAUGGGUGUCAUCAUGCUCUGCUCGAUGUUACUGAUGCCCUUCAAAAUCGCAUCUCACCUGUGAUGGAAGAUUUCAAGUCCGUUGCUCUGGCCUUCUUUACAAGUCAAAAACUUUUGUACUACGAUGAUCUUGCUGAGAAAAUUCGUCCCGAAGUUGAGGCUCUAGAUCCAAAGGGAGUGAAUCUCAAUCCUGCUCGUUCAAUAAUUGAAGAAUUGGAGAGCAAUGCCAAGACCUAUGGAAAGAGUGUAAAUUACACGGGUUUCAAUGCUCUAGAAAGCCUGGGAACCUCUCAACUAUUGCUGGCUAACGUGACAGCAGUUUUUAAUCAAACCAAAAUGGACUCGGCAGAGGCCAAGGAUGCUCUAAGGACAGUGGAAAAUCUAGCAAAGAGUUUUGAUACUGCUGCCAGUACUAAAAUCGAAAAUGCCCUCGCAGAAGCCGAGCGUAUCUAUGAUAAGAUCACAGUCAUAACUAUUGACUUGGGGCCUUCGACUAAACUCCUUGAAAAGACCACAGAGCUUCUGGGGGAGAUCGAUGGGCUGAUUGAACCGAUUAAAAUGCAAAAUAAGUCCUUGGAAAUGCUGAAGCACGAUAUUGGCGAAGUAAAUGACAAGCUAGAGGAUCUUUACGAUUGGAGCAAGGAAUCCUUUAAUCGAUCGUACGAAGUUGAAAAACUAAAUGCUCUGAAUAAGGAGUCAUUUGACAAUUCCAAAUUCGAUACUGUUGCAGAUCAAGAAAAGGAAGCCGAGCAGAAUAUCUUGGAUGCGGCAAAAUACAUUGCGGACAGUAAUACCACGUUGAGUUCAAUCGAUCAGAAUUUGCAAGAUCUGAGAGAUGUCUUCGAUGGAUUAAAGAAUGUCGAUAAUAGAAUUGAGGAUCUGUUUCCUCUGAUCGAUGACAAUUUCCGACAGGCUCAAGUUGACGUCCAGCAAGCUGAAGAACGUGCAGCGGAGUUGAAACAAAAGGCUAAUGCCUUGUCCGAUCAAUACUCGAAUAUCACGGCUAACUCCGAGCAAGCUAUCAAGGCUUCGACGGCUUACACCGAUAUUUUUGACGUUGUUGGCAGAGCAAAAGACUAUGCACGAGAAGCGGGAUAUGCAGCUGGAAAUGCUACAGAAUUGAGCAAUGGAAUUGAAGAUCGUGCUGGAAGAGCCCACAAAGAUUCCGGUGAACUUCUUCAAAACGCUAGGUCCGCGCUAGUUAAGGUGCAAAGUGAGCUUGAACCUCAUUUGAACCGGUCUGCUGAGGCCGUCGCAAGCAUUUCUCAAAUCAAUACAAAGACCGAAAAGAAACUCGACGAAAUAAACGCAAUUAUUGAACAACUACCCCAAUCGCAGAUGGGUAUCUGGGGUGAUUCGAAUGCUGAAGCCACAUCUGCUCUACAAGUGACCAAGGAAGCUCUAGAAGCUCUCAUCCCCGUUGCUGACUCUACACCGAAAGACUUGGAAAAGGCUCGCAACACAUCCAAGGACAUUGAUGCCGCUUCGAAGGAUAUUUCUCAAACUAAAUCACAAAUUGACAAUGUUGUAUCGCAAGUUCCUGUACUUGUUGAGCUCGCUGAUGACAUAAGCAAGAAACAAAAUGAAACCGAAGUUCUUGGUCAAGAACUGGGCGAAGAGAUAAACAAUUUGAAGCGCCAAAUAGAAACAGCUCGUCAAUUGGCUAAUGCUAUUACAGUGGGUUUGGAAUUCUCUCCAAGCACAAUUCUUGAGCUGAAGCCUCCAGAAGCUCUUCCCUUGCUGGCAACUAAGUCGAAUGUUUCCGUUUACUUCAACACUGAGAGUAAAUACGGCUUCUUGAUGUAUCUGGGUAAUGACAAUAAGAGUGCUGCUGCAACUGGCACUGGUUCGGGACCGAAGAACAACGACUUUAUGGCUUUGGAAAUCAUCAAUGGGUAUCCAGUUUUGACUAUGGACUUAGGAAAUGGCCCAGAACGCAUAACGAAUCCUAAAUAUGUUGCCGAUGGAAACUGGUAUCAGGUGAUAGUUGAUCGUGUUGGAAGUAAUGCGAAGCUGAUUGUCAGAGAGGAACUCGAAGAUAAAUCAGUCAAACUUCACACAGCUGUCGCUGGAUUAGAAGGAUCAAACAAUGUGUUCAAUGUCGACCGCAACAGUCGUCUCUUCGUAGGUGGAUAUCCGCCAGCAUCGGACUUUACUGCUCCAGAAGACAUUCAGACCAAUUCGUUCAUCGGAAAAAUGGAAGAACUUCGUAUUGGCGAAGAUCUCGUUGGUUUAUGGAACUUUGUCGAUGCACAAGACAAUAAUGAGGGAAUUCCUCCUCGUGACAAGUUAAUUAGUUCCGAAGCCCCACCAACUGGAUACCGAUUCAAUGGAAAUGGCUAUGUUGUGCUUUCAGCCUCCCAAUACAACUUCCGAACCCGCUCGAGCGUACAAUUCAGCUUCAAGGCAUCAAAGGAUACUAAGGACGGUCUCAUGUUCUUCUACGGGCGCAAUCAGCACUUCAUGACAGUCGAACUAGAGGACGGUGCUGUAUACUUCCGGUACAAGCUCGGCGAAUAUAUGGUGUCCCAGGGUACCAUUGAUCUAUACAACGAUGAUCAGUGGCAUCGUGUUGUUGCUGAACGCGAAGGUCGCCGUGGUAUACUGAAGGUCGAUGACAAGGUGAUCUUCCAAGAACAGACUCCAGUUGACACCGAAUCAAAUCUGCCGAUAUUGAAGAAGAUGUUCUUCGGCGGACACCCUAACAAGCGAACUCAUCCUCAGAUCGUCAAGGGUAACUUCGAUGGCUGCAUCGACAAUGUUAUAAUAUCGGGUAUAAACGUCGAUCUCGGUUCAAAUCAGAAUGCAACUGGAGUGCGUCCUGGAUGCCCGGCCAAGUACUCAACAACGUUGUCCUUUGCCCCUCACGAGGUUGGCUUCCUGCGAAAAGCGAAUGUAACUUCUAACAACAAUUUCAACAUCAAGUUGAAAUUCAAGGCAAUUCAGAAAGACGGUGUGAUUUUCUAUGCCACCAAUCAUAACCAGACUGCAACUAUUAGUUUGACAUUAGACGAUGGCCUUUUGACAUUAAGAAGCGCCUCUCAGGAACUUAUAAGUGACAAGACCUUCAACGAUGGUGAAUGGCAUAGUGUGACGGUUAUUCAUGACAAUUUGCGCUUGCGUCUCUCCGUUGAUGACGUAUACGAUUAUCAGUCUUAUAACGUUCCACCGCCAUUGAACAUUUCGAACGGUGAUAUUUUCUUUGGUGGAUUACCACACAACUACUUGCCAAGUAGUGGAGCCUUGUCAACUCUGGCCUAUUUUACGGGAUGCAUAAGUGACGCCACGUUGAACGAUGAGGUCUUGAACUUUGGCAACAGUGCCGAGAAAGUAGCGGGAAAUAUAAACGGAUGUCCAUCUGAUAUAUUAGAUUAUGAUGCCUCAAAGGUCGAACUAUACUUCCCAUCAUACAUUUCACCUGAUUCAGGCCUAAUUCCAAUUGCUGUCCAGUCCACCUCGACAAGCACCACGACUUCUACUACGACUACAACAACAACCACCACUACCACCACAACUGAAGCACCAAUGACUACGAAGGCGCCUAUUGUAACGCCUCCUUCAACAACCACCACCACGACUACGACGACCAAACGACCACCGCCGAUAGUAGAGCCCACAGAGCAGCCUGCUUGCAUGUUGCCUAUUGAACCAGCUACUGAUGCAAUUUACGCUGAUGAUGGAUACCGCUUCCGAGGUAUCCGUGACGAGCGUCUUGAGAUUCACUCACUACCUGUGAGAAUGCGCAAGCAUUACGACAUAAGUUUGAGAUUCCGAUCGACUCUCAACAGCGGUUUGCUAUUUUACGCAGCCGAUAAACGUCAUACAGACUUCACAGCGGUCUACCUCCAUGAAGGUAAAUUAUAUCACCAGCUGCGUGUUGGCCCAGUUGUUGUCAAUCUUUCAACAACCACCAACAUUUAUGACGACUAUGAGUGGCACACAGUGGAAUUCCUGCGUCAACCACGCAAGGUCAGUCUCAUCGUUGACGAAAAGGAGGAAGACAGUUUGGAAAUGGAGGAGAUGAAUGGCAAACCAUUCGCAUUGAACUUCCCAGUCUACAUUGGAGGUAUUUCAAGCCAAUACGAUGAUGAUCUGAACAGUAACACUCUCUUGGUGAAGGGCUCGCUCUUCAAGGGUUGCAUCAAGGAAAUUCUCUUUGACAAGCGAGAACUGGAAAAUCCGCCUACCGAUAUUGGAGUUAUUCCAUGUUCGGAUAAGGUAGAGACAGGCUUCUUCUUCGGCAAGACUCCUGGCUUCGUGAAACUCUUCGAACAUUUCUCAGUGGGUUCUGAGAUGAGCAUUAACUUUGAUUUCAAGCCUCGCACUCAAAAUGGUCUGCUGUUUUCAGUGCAUGGCCGAAAUGCUUGGAUGAUCUUGGAAUUGUUCAAUGACACUUUAGUGUUCAGUGUGAAGACCGAUGAGAAGAAUACAAUCGAAGCAACUUACACUCUGAGCAACAGUGAGAGCUUCUGUGAUGGCAAAUGGCGUACAGUUCACGCAGUGAAGUCUAAGUUUGUCAUUACUCUGACUGUGGACUCCAUAAGUUCUAUGCCUGCAAUCGGAACUGAGGGCUCUACUAAUACUCGCACCAACAGACCGUUGUUUAUGGGUGGCCAUCCUAAUUUGCACAAGGUUCCUGGCUUUAAGACCAAGGCACUCUAUAAGGGAUGCAUUAGGAACAUAAGUGUAAAGGGUAAUGCUGUACGUAUUAGGCCCGAGAUGAUCAAGGGUGACGUAUGGCCCGACAUUUGUCCGCUAAAUUAAACAUCGAGCGAAUAAGUGAAGUUUUGUGGUUCGGAUCCAAAACCGACCGAUAGAUGGUUUUUAUUGAAUUUUAAUUGACAUUUUAUCUUCUCUUAAUAAUAAUUUACAUUAGAAUACUUACCUUCAUAAUUUUGUUCUUUGCCAGUAAUAGAAAUAGUAAAACCUCUAUUUACACCCAUUAAAGUUUUAUAUCAAAUAUAUUUUUGUAUUUUAUCGCAUUAAAAA